GCUAAAAUGGCGGCUCAGGCAGCUGCAGCGGCCCAAGCGGCUGCGGCCCAGGCAGCGCAGGCCGAGGCGGCCGAGUCGUGGUAUCUGGCUCUUCUGGGCUUCGCCGAGCACUUCCGCACUUCCAGUCCGCCCAAGAUCCGCCUGUGUGUACACUGCCUGCAGGCCGUGUUCCCUUUCAAGCCCCCGCAGCGCAUCGAGGCCCGCACGCACCUGCAGCUGGGCUCUGUACUCUACCACCACACCAAGAACAGUGAGCAGGCACGCAGCCACCUGGAGAAGGCGUGGUUGAUAUCACAGCAAAUCCCGCAGUUUGAAGAUGUUAAAUUUGAAGCAGCAAGUUUGUUAUCUGAAUUAUAUUGUCAAGAGAAUUCUGUUGAUGCAGCAAAGCCACUGCUGCGGAAAGCAAUCCAGAUCUCUCAGCAGACCCCAUACUGGCACUGCCGUCUGCUCUUCCAGCUUGCACAACUGCACACGCUUGAGAAAGACCUGGUGUCAGCCUGUGACCUCCUGGGCGUGGGAGCAGAGUAUGCCCGGGUGGUGGGAUCUGAGUACACACGGGCGCUGUUCCUCCUCAGCAAGGGGAUGUUGUUGCUGAUGGAGCACAAGCUGCAGGAAGUCCACCCACUGCUGACCCUCUGUGGACAGAUGGUGGACAACUGGCAGGGGAACCCCAUCCAGAAGGAGUCGCUGCGUGUCUUCUUCCUAGUGCUCCAAGUGACCCACUAUCUGGAUGCAGGACAGGCGAAGAGUGUGAAGCCGUGCCUGAAGCAGCUGCAGCAGUGCAUCCAGACCAUCUCCACGCUGCAUGAUGAUGAGAUUCUGCCUAGCAACCCCACUGACCUCUUCCAUUGGCUGCCCAAGGAGCACAUGUGUGUGCUUGUCUACUUGGUAACCGUGAUGCACUCCAUGCAGGCUGGCUACCUGGAGAAGGCACAGAAGUACACUGACAAGGCCCUCAUGCAGCUGGAGAAGCUCAAGAUGCUUGACUGCAGCCCCAUUCUGUCCUCCUUCUAAGUGAUCCUUCUGGAGCACAUCAUCAUGUGCCGGCUCGUCACAGGGCACAAGGCCACAGCACUACAAGAGAUCUCCCAGGUCUGCCAGCUGUGCCAGCAGUCUCCCCUGCUCUUCUCCAACCACGCAGCACAGCUGCACACACUGCUGGGCCUGUAUUGUGUCUCUGUCAACUGCAUGGACAACGCAGAAGCCCAGUUCACCACAGCCCUGCGGCUCACGAACCACCAAGAGCUGUGGGCCUUCAUCGUGACCAACCUGGCAAGUGUGUAUAUACGGGAAGGAAAUAGACACCAAGAGUUGUAUAGUUUGUUGGAGAGGAUAAACCCAGACCACAGUUUCCCUGUCAGCUCACAUUGCCUCCGAGCAGCGGCUUUCUACGUUCGAGGACUCUUCUCUUUCUUCCAGGGACGCUACAAUGAAGCCAAACGAUUUCUACGAGAAACUCUGAAGAUGUCCAAUGCGGAGGACCUAAACUGGCUCACAGUCUGCUCCCUCGUUCUCCUGGGCCACAUCUAUGUGCUAGGGAACCACAGGGAGAGUAAUAACAUGGUGGUGCCUGCCAUGCAACUGGCCAGCAAGAUUCCAGACAUGUCAGUGCAGUUGUGGUCAUCGGCCUUGCUGAGAGACCUGAAUAAGGCCUGUGGAAACGCCAUGGAUGCCCACGAAGCUGCCCAGAUGCAUCAGAACUUCUCGCAGCAGCUGCUCCAAGACCACAUCGAGGCCUGCAGCCUUCCCGAACACAACCUCAUCACGUGGACAGAUGGCCCACCCCCAGUGCAGUUUCAAGCUCAGAAUGGACCAAACACCAGCCUUGCCAGUCUCCUAUGAGGAUCCCGGAAGGGCUACCCAGCAUCUCAAGGCCUUACAUGUCUCCAUCUUCUACCCAGAUGGCACUUGAGCCUUGAGCUUUCCCCAAAAGUGUGCUUCCUUUCCUCCUGUCCCUAGAACUUCCAAGUCCUGGGGAGUGUGUGAGCCCAGUUCCUGCCCUCCCUGGAGGGUGCAGCUGGCCAUUCCCACCUUGUGCCAAGACCCUGGUGCAGAGGCCUACAGGUGGGACAUUGGAGCUGACUCUCCAGAGCCAUCCUUUGAAGUGAACUUCACCUGUCAGUCCACUUCCACGUCUGAGUCACACCUGCCAGGGCGCUUGUCUGGGGUACAGGCCUCAUCCUGUGUGCCAGGUGGGCCAUACCUCAGGGCCAUCAUCCCCUGACUCCCAUUACCUGGGCCUUGAUGCAAGGCAAGGGCCAGCAUGUUUCCUCUACUCAAAGCAGUUUCCAGAGUAUAAAGGCAAGACACCAGUUUCUGGCCCAAAUCUAGAAAAAAAGAAGUGAUGGCCCACAUGUGGGACAAAGCUGACAUCCCAGCACUUUUCCCAGCUUGCCUUUCUCUCCAGUACCAGAACCUCUGGUCAGGGGCCCUUGGGGAUGGAUGAACUCAUCUUCUAAACAUCUGCUCCUUGACUGGAUUCACUAUCCUGCCAUGGGAGGUUGUGUGAUUAUAAAUACCAGUAUUGGGGGGAUGUGAGGUUAAUAGAGCUGAGACCAAUUAUUUGUGCCAGCCACCUCCCCCCAUCGUGUGGCUGCUGAGGGCAAGCAGCAGUAAGAGAAGGGCAUCUUGCCCAAAUUUAAGAUCAUCUCCUCACUUGGAUAUAGAGCACAGGCUCCCCUCAGACCUGGAGCAAAGGGGCCUUUUUCCUAGCAGGUCUGCAGCUUCCUGUACAAAGGAUGUCUGUGGGCAGCAGCUCAGGCUCCUUGUCUCCUACCUUCCUCUCAGGAGAGAGGAACACACCUCCUUACCUCCCCUGCUAGGACUCUGGAGGGACAGUGUUAAAACCUAUUCCCCAAGCCAGGCCCCAGGGAGCCUCUAUUGGGCCCAAAGAUCAGUGCUUGGUUUUAUGCUCUUGGAUAAUCAAGAGAGGUGACAGUGGUGUUGGGAAUGGUGGCAGCUAGUAUCAGCAAUCAAGACAUCACCUUCUCCAGCUUCUGGCACCUGGGAACAUCUCCCUACUGCAGGGUGGUGGUGGUGGGAUCUCUCUGGGCAAGGUAGAUAAGUUGUCUCAUGCCUUGUUACCAUGGCACUGUAAAGGCUACUUCUCAGAGUGUUGGUGCCUGUCACUGAAGUGAUGUUAGGCUUGCUCAGGGCUCUGAGGCCUGGGCAUGCCUCAGCCACAAGCAGGCCACCAACAGGUCCCAUUCUCACUGGGCCACUGCCUGGCAUCUAGGUCACCAGGGAGAGCCAGCCCCUGCCCUAUGCUGCCCUGAAACCCUGUCCCCUCAGCCAACACCCCCAGACCCUUGAGGCCAAUAGAAGAGUGUGUGGCCCUGAUUGACAAGCUGUCCCCAUAAGGUCUUCCUCCUGAGCCAUAUCCUCUGCUUGCUCCACCUCGAAGGAGCCCCCAGGUCCUCCCCUCCACCACUGAGAUGGCACCCCUGUAUCUCUACAAUCUACUCCUGUCAGCUUGCACCCCACAGUGUCCAACCUCUCCAGACCCAUAUUAACUCAAUCACAUUGUACAUCAUGUUUGUCUCUGCCUAUUUAUUUAAGCUUUGCUUUGCUUUAUCUAGGGCGUUUUAUAUGUAGAGCAAUUGGAAAAAGAACCUCAGAACUUAACAUUUGUCUCGAUAUUGAAGUGCUUUUUUUGACCACCUUGUUAUCUAUGUAUAUGUAAAGUUAAGGAUGAGAUCUUCAAGUUUACAAUUAAAAACUCAGU